AUGGAGAGCGUUGGCAGGCAAAACGUUCUCUCGCCUGCCAUUAUUUUCAUGAUUCAAGGGCUGCAGACAUUUCACGGAUUACUUGUCAAUAUUCUUAGCACGGCAUAUCAAACUUGUGAGGAAAACACAACUCAAGCCGGAAUGCACGGUUACCACAAGAAUCAACCCACGCUAAAUCAAGAUUCCUGGCAGGACUCGAAGUUUUGGGCUCCUAAUCUCCUGGGUCUCACAGAUGAUACCAAUACCGACUCACUAGAAUCCAUAUCUGAACCCCAAAAUAAACGGCAAAGAGUGUUACGGUCAGACACCCAUGUCAAGUCCAAUACUCAGGACGUCCCGUCUAAGAUUACUGGGCUCGAUAUGUCCACAUGUCUUUUGAUUAUCUCUUGCUACAUCAAUCUCAUCCGUCUCUGCCGGGAGGUCUUCGCUGCGGUUCGAGACGCCUUACCCGCUCACGGUCACCAAUCAUCCUUUCCCACGCUCUCAGGCUUCCAGAUUGGGGGCGUCUCAAUCCAUCAGGAUUCCGAUCUACAAAUCAUCAUUCUUACUCAAGUUGUGCUGCGCCUUGUUGAGAAAAUUGGACUUUUACUUGGUCAUCCUUUUGAUUCUGCGGCCGAAACGGGCAAGAAAGACCAACUCGAGCUUCGCAGCAAGGCAAUCUUACCCCAACUAUUAGAUUUUUUGCUUAGACAAGAGAAGAGUGGGGGACAAAUGUCGUGUGAAAAUGGGAUUGAAGCACUGAAACAGGAAAUUCGGAGACUCAACGAGAUCGUUUUCAAGCCAGUAUAA